UCUGCGGCUUCCGUAGGAUGACGUGGCAUUUGUGGUGACAGAAGCGAAAGUACAGCGACUCCAACAAAAAGGAAUCCCAGGCAUUUCUUCUUCACAAACAAACACUUAAGCUUGAUCGUGUUUCAUAACUGUACGUUUUCUGGUUCAAUAAUGAGGCGAGCAGGUUUGGGUGAAGGGGUCCAUCCGGGAAAUUAUGUUGCGAGUGGAUACAGUGUGUAUGAGGAAGAAAAUGAACAUCUACAGGAGGGGCUGAAAGCUAAAGUUCACGCACUUAAACACCUUUCAAUUGACAUUGGAAAUGAAGUCAAGUACCAGAAUAAAGUGCUGGGGGAAAUGGAUUCAGACUUUGAUUCGACUGGAGGUCUGCUGGGCUCAACCAUUGGUAGAUUAAAGUUUCUCUCCAGAGGAAGCCAAACUAAGGUGUACUGCUACAUGCUGCUCUUCGCCCUAUUUGUUUUCGUCGUUCUGUAUUGGGUGAUUAAACUGAGGUGAUGGCGGGACUGAUGACACCCAGGACUUUCAUAUGUGAAGAUAUUUCUUAUGUGCCAUGUUCAUUUGAACUGGAGGAUGUGAAUUUUUACGACAGAUGUCUGAGGAUCCUUUCCAUUGGAUAAGAAACGUAACUGUUGAAUGACAGAGUGCAAUACAUGCAGCAUAAGUCCAUCAUAACCCACCUAAAUUAGUGCCCCCCACUGCAGAAAAUUAAAUAUUUAAAUAACAACAUGCAUCAUUUUUUUAAUAGUGCAAGUUGUUUAGGCGAGUUUCUGUAUGCAUCCAGGUUUAGUUUAUGUCAAUGGUUGAGAUCACAAACUACAUUUAUACAACUAUAAAUGUGAUUUCAUUUAUAUAUUCUUUAAGGAAGCAUAUUCUGUGUUUUCAUUAGAGUAAAUGUAUUUUUUAGUGACAUAAGAGUAAAAUGAUCCAUACUUGGAAAUUGCGGUGAAUGGCACUAAAUGGAGUACUAACAAACAUAGACACAUAAGCUUCUAUGUAAAUGAAUAUUUUCCCUGUAGUUGUCAUACUACAUACUGAGAGAUUAUGUGCAAUUAAUAAACAGUAACAGUAUUUACA